AAAGGACGAUAAAAAUCAUCAAAUCGAUAAGUUUUUAUUUUUAUUUGACGAUCUUGCUUCUUCUUCUUCUUCUUCUUCUUCUUCUUCUUCAACUCGUUACCAUCAACGCUCAAAUCCUGUAUACAAUCUCUUCUCAGCUGUAAUUUCUAUAAUCUCGUCAAUUAUCAUCUAUUCAGGGGUAAGCUAUGGGAUGUGCUUCUUCUCUUCCAGAUAGGAACUCUGGAACUUUAAGUGGUCUUAGCAAUUCAGAGAAUGCUGUUCCAGCUGAUGCCAAAAAUCUACGUGUGAAGUUAGUUCUAUUAGGAGACUCUGGUGUUGGUAAAAGUUGUAUUGUCCUUCGAUUUGUACGUGGUCAGUUUGACGCUACAUCUAAGGUAACUGUUGGAGCCUCGUUCUUGUCCCAAACUAUAGCAUUGCAAGACUCUACCACAGUGAAGUUUGAAAUAUGGGAUACAGCAGGACAGGAGAGGUAUUCUGCUCUUGCACCACUAUACUACCGUGGAGCUGGAGUUGCUGUUAUUGUGUAUGAUAUAACAAGCCCUGAAUCGUUCAAGAAAGCACAGUAUUGGGUUAAGGAACUGCAAAAGCAUGGAAGCCCAGAUAUUGUUAUGGCUCUGGUUGGUAACAAAGCUGAUCUACAUGAAAAAAGAGAAGUACCUACUGAGGAUGGAAUGGAGCUUGCAGAGAAGAACGGCAUGUUCUUCAUUGAGACGUCAGCCAAGACAGCCGAUAACAUAAAUCAACUGUUUGAGGAAAUUGGCAAGAGGCUACCUCGUCCUGCUCCUUCGUCAUGAUUGGAGUGUUGAAUCAUCUCAUCUUCAGCCAUGUCUUCAGACUACUAAUCUUUCCAUACUUUUUAAUGUAAUGUUUCAAAACAAUAUUUCUCUAUCUGUUAAGUCAAGUGUGUUGUAUAAUGUGAAGAUUUGAGUUUGAAACUGGGGAUAUUACGAACCUCAAAAGUGGAAACCCAAGUUAUAUCAAGCAAUGGAUCAUCAGUACAUAUUUUAGUGGGAUUCAUCAGAAGUAGAGAAGAGUAAAGCUUCAUUCAAAUGAUUCAAUGCAUGUAUAGUUUGUGGGAGAGACUAUUGCAGCCAAUUCUAACAAAACCUAAAUCAAGA